AUGCUAAUAUUGGUGAAUGGAGAUAACUUUCUUCAAUUAUUCCUGGGAUGGGAGGGAGUAGGUCUUGCUUCAUAUUUGUUAAUUCAUUUCUGGUUUACACGACUUCAGGCGGAUAAAGCUGCUAUAAAAUCUAUGCUUGUCAAUCGAGUAGGUGAUUUUGGAUUAGCUCAUGGGAUUUUUGGUUGUUUUACUCUCUUUCAACUAGUAGACUUUUCAACCAUUUUUGCUUGUGCUAGUGCUCCCAGAAAUGAAUGGAUUUUUUGCAAUAUGAGAUUGAAUGCCAUAACUCUGAUUUGUAUUUUACUUUUUAUUGGUGCUGUUGCGAAAACUGCACAGAUAGGAUUGCAUACUUGGUUACCCGAUGCAAUGGAGGGUCCCACUCCAGUAUCUGCUUUGAUUCAUGCAGCUACUAUGGUCACUGCUCGCGUUUUCAUGAUAGCAAGGUGCUCCCCUUUAUUUGAAUACUCACCUAUGGCUUUGAUUGUUAUUACUUUUGCAGGAGCUAUGACGUCAUUCCUUGCGGCAACCAUUAGAAUAUUAUAG